CUCUCUCUAGUGGUUCUGUUGGACACCACAGCUGUUCUGGGUGAGUUGGACUGGAGGACCUACCCAGUGAAUGGGUGGGAUGCGAUAACAGAGAUGGAUGAACAGAACCGACCUAUCCAUACCUUCCAGGUGUGUCAUGUGAUGGAGCCCAACCAGAACAACUGGCUACGGUCCAAUUGGAUCCAGCGCCAGGAAGCACAGAAGGUGUACGUGGAGCUGCGCUUCACCCUGAGAGACUGUAACUCCAUCCCUUGGGUGUCUGGUACCUGCAAGGAGACCUUUAACCUCUUCUACCUCCAGACAGAGGAGCCACACGCCGCCGCCACCCGCUUCAGACCCGCCGACUACGCCAAGGUGGACACCAUUGCUGCCGAUGAGAGCUUCACACAGACGGACCUGGGCGACCGCGUUCUGCGCCUCAACACGGAGGUCAGAGAGGUCGGCCCCGUGACCCAGAAGGGCUUCUACCUGGCGUUCCAGGAUGUGGGGGCGUGUAUCGCUCUGGUCUCCGUCAAGGUGUUCUAUAAGCGCUGUCCAUCCACUCUGAGGAACCUGGCAGCGUUCCCAGACACGGUACCAAGGGUCGACUCCUCCUCGCUGGUGGAGGUGCGGGGAGCGUGCGUGGAGAACGCAGAGGAGAGGGACACGCCCAAACUGUACUGUGGGGCGGACGGGGACUGGCUGGUUCCUCUGGGGCGAUGCGUCUGUAGUCUGGGACAUGAGGAGAUUGACGGAAUCUGCCAGGUGUGUGAGUGUGAGUCUAAACUGUGUUCAGUCCCACUCCUGUUGAGAGUUGACCCGGUCUGCCUCCCAGGCCUCUAA